UGUGUUACCUGGGUUCAUGUUAUGCAAAUUGUCCGUUUGGAACAUGUGCAAUGAUCAACAGCACCAUAUGCAUCAUGAACAGUGAUUGCAACAAGUCAGGAAAAGUAGCAUUCAACGGGAUAUGCAUAGAUAAGUGUCCACCAUCUCAUCCUAUAUUCGACCCGGAGGCUUAUAAUGACCAGUGCUGCGUAGAGUGCCCAUUUUCGGAAGUAGCUAACAACAGUAGAUGUAUCUCAGAAAGCGACUGCAAGACGGCCGGGUGGCAGAUCUACAACCAUCAGUGUUUUAGAGGUUGCCCAUCUGGUACCAGACGAAUAUUAGACAACUUCAGAGACACGUGUGAAGAUGCCUUGGUGACUAAUGUUAUUUUGGGGGUAUCGUCUGUGUGUCUGGCGCUCGUUAUCUUGGCUUGCGUGAUCUUCUUUAGAAAUCCCCGGAAGUCGAGAAACAAAGUUGACGAGCUCGAUGGUGAGCGACAACCACUCAUUGAUGAUGAUGAUCAGACUUAUAUCAUCAGCAGUGGACCAUCCCUCCCGCAGCCUGAAAUCAGAAAAGAACCAAUGCAUUACCCUGAUACAUCCCUCAAGGAGGUGGCUGGCAAGGAUCAGCCAAUACACGCUGCCGAUACACAAGUUAAGGAAAUUGAUGGUGGGAAUGAGACGUUUGUUAAAAGGCUCCCUCAUCUGAAUCACAUUAAUGAGCUGGUUGCCAUUGGUGACCAAAGUGACCAUGUGGAACAGUUUUCUAGAGAAGAUGAUGAACUCUCUUCCAUUCCAACUAUUGUGGCUCUGAAGGGCUUCCAAGAGAGCGAUAAUUCCCUGAAUUCAUAUAUCGGAACUUAUGAUGAAUAACUACGGACAGAUACUUCUUAGUACUUGCUUUACAGAUGAUUGACGUUUAAGAUAACUAUGUAGAUACACUUUGUAGUAUUUGCUUCUCAGCUGCUUGACGUUUAAGAUAACUAUGUAGAUACACUUUGUAGUAUUUGUUUCACAGAUGUUUGACGUUUAGCAUAACUCUGGAGAUACACUUUGUAGUAUUUGUUUCACAGAUGUUUGACGUAUAGGAUAACUCU